AUGCAACAGAUGCAGAAAGUCGAAGCGUCCCGGGGAGGUGUGCGAUCCAGCAACAUCAAGAGAAGCUCCAAGGCAGACCCGGCCGCGGGAACAACGUCGUGCUUCGAGAGCGCCUUCUCUUCCCCUGACUUCGACCUUCCAGCCCACCGUCAUACCAAUAUCGCAAUUAAGUCCAAGACCAACAGCGGUUUCGCGGACGGCAUCAACGGCGACAGCCACAACGUUAUCGCCCGCGACAUCCACGACCCGGCACCGCCCCUCGAUUCCCGCGACCCGGACUCGGCCAGCACGGUAGCCACUCCGGCCGUCCUCGGCAUCGGCUAUCUCGGCUUCACCUCCUUCUGCGGCAUCUACGAAGAGACCCGGUCAAGUCUGAAGCAGCUCCAGCCGUCCAGUGCGGCGCCCAUCGGAGAGAUCGGGACCACCGCCUACUGCGGGCUCGAGUGCUCUCCGCCCCUAACGGCGCAAGCGCUCGAGACGUGCCUGACUAUCCUCCGCCACGUCCCGGACCGCGAAACGGGACUCAAGCUGUUCGACAGCCACUUGAACCCGAGCGAUGGGUGGAUCCGCCUGGCGGCAAAACACAUGAUGAUUUCGCUGUACGACACGCUCCCGCAGUACUUUCCGGCAAACGAACAGGGACAACGGCCAGAUGAUGCCCAGCUCACCGCGCUCGCCCGCACCAUCUGUGGAAACACCGCAAAGUGCGUUUCUGACGAGGAGUCGGAGCCGGCCAAGUGGAUGGCGCAGUUCACCGGCACUAAUCUGCGGUGGGAGUCGUUGGGCGUGAUGUUUGCGUACUGGGAGCUGGCGGCUCGCUAUCUCGGGCCGUACCGGCCUGACGUUGGCUCCCGGUUUCAGUGCGUUGAUGAAGGGACGAAGGUGGUCAUGCAGUAUCGGUACUGUCUUGGUGCGUGUAUAGAGUUGACCAAGGCCGCCGGUAGUGGGGGAAAUACGUUACUCCUUUUCAUGUGUUCGAAGCGGACCAUCAUCGAGUCGCUCUUCUCGGGUGAUGCUAGCUUCGCCUGUUGGCAACUACACGCAGAGACAGUAGCUCUAUCAACGUUCCUCGGGUUCCACGACGAAGUCGCAGCAGCGCCGGGGGUAGGCUACAAGCCGACCGUCUGCUCCGAGAUCAAGCGUAAGCUCUUCAGCUACGUCUUCUACGUAGACAAGGUCCUAGCCUCGUUCGCCGGCCGGCCGCCCCUCAUCAGCCGCCGAUACGCGCGCACACCACCGCCUCUGGACCUAAAGGACGACCACCUCCUCUCCGACGAGGCUUCGCUGGCGCGUCACGUGGCCGCGCUCGAUGAGAACGGCUGGAACACUGAGGGCGAGCUCUACUCGGCCACCAUCGUUCGGGCUCGGGUGAUGCUGGCACACAUUCGGGACGAAAUAUUCGAGAUCGCGCUCGGACAGGGUUCCGUGACGCUGGUUGAGACGCUGCUGGAAAUCAAAGAAAGGCAGCUCCGUACCGUUGCCGGGUUCCCUGAUAUCAUGACCCUGAAAGAAGAAGACAUACAGAACAGGAAGCUCGAUAUCUCGUUGCUGUACACUCGACUUAUCAUGAAGCUGGAACACCUCCAAAACAUGUUCUUCAUCGAGCGGCUGCUCGCGAAAAGAGGCCACGAUGACGGCGCCUUGCUAUCUGUCAGCUUCGAAAUGGUUUCCAAGACCCUCAUGUUCUGGACAAACAUGGAUCGUCUAUCUUGCAUGAAUGGUGAUUUUGAAUGGCUCGUAAUGGCCUACGCGGCUCCCGGAGGCGGCAUCCUCUGCAUGGAGCUCCUAAAACCCACCCUCCACGGCGGCCACCACCCGCAGAACCCCCAGGUCUCCCGCUCGAGCAUCAUCCAGAAGCUGAGCCUCCUCGUCGGCUUCCUGGACUGGGUCAGCCCCACAGCGCCCAACGGCGACCUCUGCGCCGACUGCAAGGUCAUCAUCCAGCGCGUCCUCGACCAGGCGCUCAACAGCCACGCGGCGUCGGCCUCGUCUGCCGUCGACGGCGGGUUGUCCGGGGCAAUGCUGGAUAUCCCCAUGGACUGGGAUUUCUCUACGCAGCUUGAUUUCAACUUUGAUUUGCUUGAUACGUUUGACUGGUUGCGUCCGGAGGUGUCUUCGAGUCAACAGUCGUCAUAG